AUGAUAUACUAUUUGAGUGUUUGGAAAUACUCUAUACUUUUAUGUAUAUUAUUUUUGUUAAUGGUUAAUGUGGUUGAUUCGACAAGUGAAAAAAAGUUCGAGGAAGGGGAAACAAGUAGUGGUGUUACAGAUAAAGUUGAAAAAAAGAAAGUGACUUUCGAAUUAACCGAGGAGCAAGAAAUGUUGGAUCUAGCAGGGAGCAUUGGGAAACGCAAAGAUUUUUUAGAAAUUUCUGAUGAGUUCCAUAAACAAAAUUUAUUAAUUAAUUAUUUUUUUAAAUGUGAAAAUUUGAACCCAGAUAUUAUUAAAUAUAUAAAUAGUGCCGAAAAGUUUGAAAUUUUCGAUAAAAUUUUGAAUGAAAAGAUGAUAAAAAAUAAAGAGAAAAAUGAGUGGUUUGUAGUAUAUAAAUUUCAGGUUUUCUUUAAAUUUUAUUAA